GGUCUAUGAUUAUAAACGGUUUUCAUACAGGUCUAUGAGCGGCACGGGAUUGUGACAAUCAUAGAUAUAAAUAUCAAUGAUUUAUUUAUAUAUUAUAAUAUAUAUCAUCUGUGGCGGAAAUAACAUGUUAUUAGCUAAUACGAGUUAAAAAUAACAUAAUAUCCACAUCAAAAUAUUAUUUUCCUUAUCGCCGACCGCCGAACGUUAUUUUUGUCAAUAUUAGCUAUAGUGACUCGCGUGUUUAAUUGUCUUCUGACAGCGUCUUGUGUAAUAAGUUAACCAUACGGUCAUUAGACGCUUAAUGUUAAUAUUUGAUUUAAUCUUUAUUGUUUAUUGUUUAUAAUUCGUUCUACUUUCAAAAUUAGUAUUCAGUAUUCCAGUAUACCUUCUAUAAAUUACUGGAAUUUGGUAAGUACAAUGUUAUAAAUUUAUAGUUUAUAUAUGGUUCUAUGCACUGUACUCGAUUGAGUAUUAUAAAUUAUAUUUAUAUUACUAUAUUCUGUAAUAGAUUAUACGCGGAUUUUCAAUAUGGAAGCUAAAAAAAAGCUUAGUGGUUCAGGAUAUAGAAAGCAAGCAAAAAUUAAAAAAUUAAAACACGAUGCAUUAAUUAAGAAUUGUAGAAAAUUAGAUAGUAUGUUCAAGCCAUCGAAUAAUUCAAAUACAGAUGAUAAACUGGAGAUGUUAAACCAAGGUACACAAAUACAAAUGAACCCAGAUUAUUCAAAUGUAAACAGUUCUGAACAGUACAAACCUACAAAAAGUAGUGGUUAUAUUGAGACAGAAAAUACAGAUGAUGAACUAGAUAUGUUAAACCAAGAUACACAAAUACAAAUGAACCCAGAUUAUUCAAAUAUAAACAGUUCUGAACAGCACAAUCCUAUGACAAGUAGUGGAAAUAUUGUGACAGAAAAUACAGAUGAUAAACUAGAGAUGUUAAAUCAAGAUACACAAAUACAAAUAUACCCAGAUUAUUCAAAUGUAAACAGUUCUGAACAACACAAACUUACAAAAAGUAGUGGUUAUAUUAAGACAGAAAAUAGUAUUUCUGAGAUAAAUACUGAUAUAUUGUCAUCUAAGAAUAAUGAAACUGCUGAUGUUUUGUUUGAGCCUACUGAUAUUCCUCGAUGUGAUCCUGCUUUAUGGAAAAUAAACGAGUUCACUAUAGAAUAUAUUUGUAUUAAUGGAUUUUCUCAAGAUUUAAAUGAUUUAAAUUUUACCAAAUCUAAACGAGCAUAUACAAAACUUCACAAAAAAACUACCAAAACCUACUAUAGAUUUUGCAAUAAAAACUAUUGGAAUACAAGACUAACUAAUGGUGAUUCAAUUAAACGUAAUUUCAUUGCAUACUCAGAAAGAUUUUCAAACUGGAAAAGAGCUGAAGAGCUCAUAUCACAACAUGAAAAUUCUUUAAAACAUCGUUCAAAUAUUCUAGCAAUGAAAAAUCGAGGACAAACACAUCAAAGAAUUGAUCAACAAAUAAUACAACAAAUUGAAAAUGAACGUAUGUAUUGGAUCAAUGUUUUAAAAAGAGUUGUGGCAAUUGUUAAAACAUUGGCAUCAAGAGGUUUAGCAUUCAGAGGACAUACUUCAAAAAUUGGAUGUCCACGUAAUGGAAAUUUUAUGAUGGCACUUGAGUUAUUAGCUGAAUUUGACCCUUUUAUAUCAAACCAUAUUUCCAAAAAUGGUAAUCCCGGUAAAGGUCAUACUUCAUAUUUAUCAUAUUAUAUUUAUGAGCAAUUUAUUUUAUUAAUGUCUAAAAAAGUAGAAAAUACUAUUAUUCAAGAUGUCAAUACUUCACGAUAUUUUUCAAUUAGUGUUGAUUCAACGCCAGAUAUUACCCACACUGAUCAACUUUCUUUAGUUGUACGAUUUGUUGAUGAGAGUGGUAAUGUAUUUGAGCGUUUUUUAUGUUUUAUGAAUAAUGUUGGACAUAAAUCAGAAGAUAUGGCUGAAGCAGUGAUAACAAUUCUGAAUAAGUACAAUUUGAAUCUUAACUAUUUAAGAGGGCAGUCAUAUGACAAUGCGAGUAACAUGUCUGGUAGUUACUCUGGAUUACAAGCUAGAAUAAAACUGAUAAAUCCAUUGGCCAAGUUUGUUCCCUGCUCGGCUCAUUCAUUAAAUUUAGUGGGACAAAAUGCUGCCAGCUGUUGUAAUGAAGCUAUUCAUUUUUUUAACUUUCUUCAAAACUUGUACACAUUCUUUUCAGCAUCAACUUACCGAUGGCAGAUUUUAAAUUCUUCAAUCAAGAGAUUAUCAGAUACAAGGUGGUCUGCAAGAGAUGAUGCAUGUUAUUCAUUAAAUAAAAAUUGGUCAUCUAUUGAAAAUGCUUUAAUUAAGAUUGGAGAAAAUGAAAAAGAAAAACCAGCUAUUCGAUGUGAAGCAAAUGGUAUACUCAAAAUACUUAAAUCAUUAGAAACAUCUUUCUUGUCAAUUUUUUGGGGAGACAUAUUACAUAGGUUUAAUACAGUUAGCAAAAAACUUCAAAGUGUAAAUAUUGAUUUAAGUGUUGUUGUUGAGCUUUAUCAAUCAUUAAUUAAUUAUGUUGGUGAUAUUCGUACAGAUAAAGAUUAUGAAAAUUUUAAAAGAAAUGCUAUUGAAAAAUGUGGAAUUAUGAACUUUAGAAAUACUGAAAAGCGACAAAAAAAAAUUAAAAAAUUUAGUGAUGACAGUUCAAUGGAAAGUAUUGUAACUAAUUUUAAAAUCAAUACCUAUUUUGUUAUUUUAGACCAAUUGAAGUCAGAAUUGUUGAGAAGAAAAAUUGCAUAUAACAACCUUUUAAAAAAUUAUUAUUUUUUUUUUAAAAUUACUAAAAUGACAGCUGCAGACAUAAGGGUAUCUGCUGAGCUGUUAAGAAAUGAAUAUAAUACAGAUUUGGGAACUUCAUUUCCUAAUGAAUGUAUUCAUUUUAGCAGCUAUUUGAAAACUAUUUCUAAUCCUCCUCAAAGUAUUCAAGAUAUGUUAGUGUUUAUAAGAAAAAAUAAUUUGAAGGAUAUUUUCCCUUAUAUAGAUAUUGCUUUAAGAAUGUUACUAUGCACUCCAGUUAGUAACUGCUCAACUGAGAGGUCAUUUUCAGCCUUAAAACGAAUAAAAUCAUAUUUAAGGUCAAACAUAGGCGAAGAAAGGCUCACUGCAUUAGCAAUCAUGAAUAUAGAAUCUGAUGUUACUACAGCAAUAAGCUACGACGAUAUUAUUCAAGAAUUUGCUCAAGACCAUGCACGACGAAAAUUAUAA